GACAAAACCUAAGAAACACCUUUCGUGAAGGAUCCUCAGGUUGGGUAAAACUUCAGGAAUUUGAGCUCUUGGUGUUUCCAAGUAGCAUGGAGCAGCAUGAAUAUAUGACUAUAAACACCAUCGCUUCUUGGUCUUUUAAAGGCCCAGUUAGCUAUUAAAGAUCAUUCAUCACAAACUUGCCCAUAUACUGUUAAGCCAGGAACAUCAUUUUCUAGUGUGGAAGACCCCAAACAUAAUGAGUGUUUUUACUGGUUGUUGAAGCCAACCCAUUACACAUUUUAAAAGUCCCUGGAUCACAUCACACAUUAAACAACACACGUUUGAUCUAAAUCAGCAAUCAGACCUUCAGAAGGUCUGAAAGGGCAAAUCUUGACACAAUCACCUUGUGGUUUAAUCAAAAAUGCCAGGAGAGCAAAGAGGACCUUCAGUACUCUCUGUUAGUGUCUGUGAAUAAGCUGGUGGCUCUUGACUUCUGGCAUGUUUCUUGUGCAACAAAAAAGUUCACAACUGAUUAAGCCUGACCCUGGAGAAGCCAAUGAAAUGCAGACACACUGUUGUGCCGUGCAGUAACAAGCAGCAGCAUAUCUGGAUCACCAUGGUAUCCAAGGUCAUUCACGUGAGAUGUGGAUAGACUUUUUCAACCACAUCGUCAGUCUCUACUGGUUCAUUCAGAAUCUUUCCAAGGGGGUUGCUGGUGGACUAAACUGGACUCUAGAUGAGAUUACUCUGAGCACUGUGCUAUGCUGAGCUUGGCACCAUGAUCACCAAAUCAGGAGGAGAGUAUUCGUAUUUAAUGGAGGCUUUUGGCUCCCUUGUAGCCUAUCUUUACUCCUGGACCACUGUCAUGGUGCUGAAGCCCUCCUCCUUUGCCAUCAUCACACUGAGCUUUGCAGAAUAUGCCGCCACUCCUUUCUACCCUGGCUGUACCCCUCCUCUUGUUGUUACCAAGUGUCUGUCAGCAGCAGCUAUAUUCUUGAUCGUCACCGUCAAUUGUUUGAGUGUCAAACUGGCAAGCUACGUGCAGAACUUCUUCACUGCAGCCAAACUUUUCAUCAUUCUUGUCAUAGUGGGAGCUGGCAUCGUUAUGCUGGCACAAGGAAAAACUGAGACUUUGUCAUAUGCAUUUGAUGGCGCAUCAUCGUCUGUUGGAGCAAUUGGACUUGCAUUUUAUAAUGGGCUUUGGGCUUAUGAUGGAUGGAAUCAACUGAAUUUCAUUACAGAAGAGCUGAAAGACCCAUUCAGGAACCUGCCCCUGGCCAUCCUCAUCGGGAUCCCUUUAGUAUCUGUGUGCUAUGUGUUGGUCAACGUUGCUUACUUCACUGUUAUGACGACCACUGAACUGCUGUUGUCUCCAGCUGUUGCUGUGACUUUUGGAGACAGAGUCCUUUACCCUCUGUCUUGGAUUGUUCCUCUCUUUGUUGUCUGCUCUACGUUCGGCUCUGCCAAUGGAAGCUGCUUCACUGCUGGCAGACUGGCCUACGUAUCCGGUAGAGAGGGUCACAUGGUGAAAAUCUUAUCCUAUAUUAGUCUGAAGCGCUACACUCCAUCCCCUGCUCUCAUAUUCAAUGGUGUUUUGGCUAUUUUCUACAUUAUCCCAGCAGACAUCAACACCCUCAUUAACUACUUCAGCUUUGCUCAGUGGGUGUUUUAUGGUCUGACAGCGCUGGCUCUCAUAGUCAUGCGUUUCACCAGGAAGGAGCUCCAUAGACCAGUAAAGGUACCGAUUGUCAUACCAGGCCUAAUGGUCCUGGUGUCCUGCUACUUAGUCCUGGCUCCCAUCAUUGAUAAGCCAGACCUGGAGUACCUCUACUGUACUGUCUUCAUCUUCAGUGGACUUCUCCUCUACUACCCUUUCAUCCACCGGAAGGUCGACUGGGCACGCAAACUCAUGAGGCCCAUCACCAUGCAUCUCCAGCUACUGAUGGAAGUAGUUCCUCCUGAGAAAACUGAAUGAAAAGGGACAGCACUGACAACCAGGUCAACUUCUGCUGCCUGUUGUGAAAUUUGGUGCCCAGAGUGGGUAAGAGCCAAACAUCAGAGCUCACCUCUGUUGAAUAGCUGCAUGACGAAAGUAAAAGUUCAUGAACCUGUGUACAAGGGUAAGAGGAAAUAAUUUGACAUUUGGGUUUAGGGAUGAAAAAAGAGGAUUUGUGUUUCUAGAGUGUUACCUACCUACAGGAAUACCUCUGCUGUAAUUAAAAUGUGAUUAAUACAUAGUUAGAUAUUUAAAAUAAAGGUGUAGAAGAGCUGGACUGACCAUUUUCUCAUGAUGUCUUUCCUUACAUGAAGAAAUAAAUCACUUAUGAAAACCUUCCUGUGAUGAUAGUUAAGCUACAACUGAAGGAUGUUAGAUAGGAUUCUACUUUGAGAUACGCAACUUUUUUUGAAUAAAUAUAACCAGCACUUAUAUGAAACAUUAAACAUUAACUAAUCAUGUUAAACAUUUCUUCAUGUAAUUAAUGCAAUAACGUUUUUUACUGGGCCAAAGACCACGUGAUAUAGGUCUACGAAAGGAUUUUUAUAUGCAUGGAUCUGCACUUGAACGAAGGGAAAUGGUAAACAUUUUAAAAGCAUUGCGGAGACAACAUGAAGGCUCUGCAGAUCAUGCAACAAGAUGUGGAAACAUGUUUCUUUACAUCAGAGUUUCUUUAAUGAUGUUUGCACAUGAUUUAAUAAUGCUCUUACUCGUGAAUAUACUGGAACAGUGUUGCAUUGUGUUAGCAGGUGGAUAUUAAAUGUGUCAUUCUUGUUGAGUAAAUAUA